AUGUAUUUGGAAAAUCAAUUGACUUUCCAUCGUAUCCUGUUACACGGAAUCCUUGUACUUAAUUUGGUCGUCGUUGAAAGAAACAGGUGUAAGAAAGAGAACAUCGAGUAUCCUCACGAAGACGCGAUCAACAAAAAUUUGGCCAAAUUGCAAACAGGAAUUAAAGAACUGGAACAGGAACUAUCAACCGCCGAAGAAUCAGGAACUCAUAGUUCCAAAGACCUCAAAGGAAAGGAAGAUAUGCUUAUCAAACUAACCAAGCAAUAUGAAAAACUGAGUGCCUUGAUGCAGGAUGACAUCUCGGCCAGGGAAUUGUUACUUGGGAUCAAUGCAACCACUCAGAUUUCCGCUAAAUCAAAAACAAAAACGGUAAGAUUUUCGCCGAUAGUGGAAACCGAUGACAUGGACAACACACAGGUGCUCCUAUUACAAGAAAGAAUCAUGCGUGAUCAAGAUGAAGACCUGGAUAGGUUGGAUGAAGCUAUUGGGCGCCAGAGAGAGUUAAGCCUGAUGAUAGGCGAAGAAUUGGAUUCACAAAUAGAACUAUUAACGGACACCGAGGCUAUUGUCGAUCAAACGGAUGGAAAAUUAAAUAGAGCCAAGAGGGGACUUGUCAAGAUAUCAAAAAAUGCAAAAGAAAAAGGCUCGGUAUUCUUAAUCGCAUCAUUGGCACUUGUUUUGAUCGUGAUAUUAGUUAUUCUUUUCAAAUAG